GCUCGUCGAUAUGCAGUAGUACAGAGCGAGGCGCGCUCCCGCGACUGGGGACGCAUAUCUCAGCAGGCAUGCACUUCCGGUACUCAGCGUCCAAUCAGGAAGCUUCACAGCUCACAGCUGGAAGCUACAUGGGUAGCCUAGCGUGCCGCCAUCGCUAAGAGGGGAUCGCAUCGUAGGAUGAAGUUAUGGAGGAGCGGAAGCUGAAGCGUAAGAGUCCCCGGACUUCCACCAACUCGGCGGCCCAGAUCGGAGGCUCAAGCCGGAAGAGUAACGCUGCCUCCGGGGGAAGGCAUGUGGGCUACAGCCACAAUACGGGCGGCAUGUCCGGCCAGAAAAACAGGAGCAGGAGGGGCAUGAAAGAUAAAGUGAGAUAUCCACAGGGCUUAGGAGGUAAACUGAAUCAGAACCAGGGCCAGGCAGCUCCCAUCGUCCAGCACUCAUUUCUGACUGAUGUCUCAGACGUGCAAGAGAUGGAAAACGGUCUGCUCAGCCUCCUCAACGACUUCCACUCAGGGAAACUACAAGCUUUUGGCAAUGAGUGCUCCAUCGAUCAGAUGGAGCAUGUCAGAGAGAUGCAGGAGAAGCUGGCACGAUUGCACUUUGACCUUUAUGGUGAGGUUGAUGAAAUGCCUGAGGAUCAGAGGAAAAUGGCCUCAGACACAAACAUGGACAGGCUACUUCUUAAUCUUGAGGAGCUGAGUUCUUCCAUACAGAUGCUGAAUCUCGCAGAGAGUCAGGAAAUCCUGAAGACGGCAAACGUGUGAUGAUCUGCUCUUCCUGCACCUCUCCUGAAAUCACAUCUAGGCAGAGUUUUCAUUCUGGCUCGUUCUCGGCUUUACCUCGGGUUGAAUGUAGUUUCAGAUUAUCUUCACUGGAUCCACCGGGUGUCAAUCAGGAUUCUCUGUGUUUUCUUCUGGAACUGUUAGACAGGAUGAGGACAGAUAGAUCUUAGGUUUGAUCAAACUUUAGAACACUUUAAGACUUUAAAACAUAUUUUUAAUGCUUUUUAAGAUGUUAUCUUGUUCAAUAUGCACCAGGUUAUGGAGUGAAAUUUGUUCCAAAUGUUGUUGCAAGCAACAAACAAAAGAAAUGCAUUUCAGAAAUUUAACCUUUGUAAAUUGUGUUGAUCAAAGUAAGGUUGUAACAGUAACAUUGCUUUUUUGCCAAUUUUAUUUUGUUUAACAUAACAAUUUUUAUUGUAUUUUUUUCCAUAUUUAAUUUUUUUUCUUCUAAUUUUUAGGCUGAGUGUUACAAAUUAAGUUUUUUUUGCAUUGUACAGAUCACAUUCUUCUGGGGGCAGAUUUUCUCUGGUUUAAGAUGCAAAAGCUUUUCUAUUGGUCUGCUGAAUGUUAGCAACAUUUUUAUUGGUCAAAAGCAAAGAGAAUGUGAUCUGUUUAACGCAAUUUUAAAAUAAUAUAGUUGUAAAUUGGAA